GAAGAAUGUCAGUAACCAAACAGAUCGCACCCCUCAUUGACUACCAUAGUAUUUAUUUUUCCUACUAUGGGGGCGAGAUCUGUUUGAUUACUGACAGUCUUCCAAAUAUCUUCCUUUGUGUUCAGCAGAACAAAGAAAUUCAUACAGGUUUGGAACUACUUGAGGGUGAGUAAAUGAUGACAGAAUUUUCAUUUUUGGGUAAACUGUCCCUUUAAGAAAUGUGUGAUCCCUGGGUCAAGAUAAAUUUAUGGUUCUUUUUUUCUAAAGGCAGAAUUGUGGAAUUAUUGUUCAUUUUUUGUAUAGGAUGCGAUUUUAAAAAAUGCCAGGCAGUGAAUUGUCUUUAUUAUUUAUAUGGUUUCCUGUUUUUAUUAUUAUUAUUACAAUUAUAUGAAGUGUUCGCAUAUCAUUUUAUUUGAAGGAAUAUCACAAAAUAAAUUAUUUAAUUGUUUAUUAUCGUGAAUAAGUCGAAUAUUCGUUUUUUUGUUCUGACUGUAAUAGUACAAAGCAAUAAACGAGUCUCCCAGGAGGAGCUUUGAUUGACAGAGAAAUCCACCAAUGACCGUUUUACAUCUCACCAGCUGGAGAAUUACUAGCCAAUCAUCGCCUACGUCAGUGACACAUUGUGUUUUCAUCCCGCCCCUCACACGGGCACACGCAUAUCGGUGAAAGCCGCCUGGGCAGGAGCGUUUUUUUUAGUUCAGUUUUGGUUUCUGAAUUUGGAAAAUUAUUCUGUAUUCCUGCCUUGAUGGAUAAUUUUCUGUUGCGCGGGGUUUUAUGUAUGAUAGUUGUUUGUAUGUUGAGCUUGUCAGCGCGUGGACGCAGUGAUGUGCUCGAGCUCAGAGACGCAGACUUCGAUUACCUCGCGCCCGAGCACGAGACCCUGCUGGUGAAGUUUUAUGCACCAUGGUGUGGUCAUUGUAAGAAACUCGCCCCAGAGUUUGAAAGUGCAGCUACUCGACUGAAGGGAACAGUAACUUUAGCCAAGGUGGACUGUACUUCUAAUACAAAAACCUGUAAGCACUAUGGGGUCACUGGAUACCCAACACUCAAAAUAUUUCGUAACGGACAGGAAUCAUCAUCGUAUGAUGGGCCACGCUCAGCUGAUGGAAUCGUGAACUUUAUGAAGAAUCAGGCUGGGCCUGAUUCUGUGCUUCUGCAAAGUGAGCAUGAUCUGGAGAACUUUAUAAACAACUUUGAUGCCAGUGUUGUUGGGUUCUUCUCAGGGACUGACAGCUCUCAACUCGCAGAGUUUCUUAAAGGAGCCAGUUUAAUGAGGCAGAGUUUCCGCUUUGCCCACACCACAGACCUCCAGCUUGGAAACAAACAUGGCGUCACAUACGAGUCCGUGCUUCUGUUCCGACCCCCUCGACUGAGCAGUAAGUUUGAGGAGAGUGUGGUGCACCACAGAGGACCAAUGUCCAUCACAGGCCUGCGGCGCUUCAUCAGAGACAACAUUUUUGGACUUUGUCCUCACCUGACCAAAGAGAAUAAGGAUUCAUUGAAAAAGAGGGAUUUAUUGACUGCCUACUAUGACUUGGAUUAUCUUCACAAUCCCAAAGGCUCCAACUAUUGGAGAAACAGAGUGCUGAAGGUGGCGUCUAAGUUUAGUUCUCAGGGCCUGUUGUUUUCUGUGGCGAACCGUAAUGACUUUGUGGAGGAGCUUGAAGAUGAGUUCGGUCUGGGUGCGUCAGAUGGAACUGAGCUGCCGUUUGUCACCAUCAGGACACGGACAGGAAACAAAUACACCAUGCGGGAGGAGUUUACACGAGAUGGCAAGUCUUUAGAGAGUUUUCUGGAAGACUAUUUUGCUGGGCGACUAAAGCGCUAUGUCAAAUCAGAGCCUGUGCCUGCCAAAAACAACGGACCGGUCAAGGUGGUUGUGGCAGAUACGUUUCAACAGAUUGUGAACGACCCAGAGAAAGACGUGCUUAUUGAGUUUUAUGCACCAUGGUGUGGCCAUUGUAAAAAACUGGAGCCCAAAUAUACAGAGCUUGGAGAACAGCUAUACAGUGAUCCCAAUAUAGUAAUCGCCAAGAUGGAUGCAACUGCCAACGAUGUCCCUCAGGGCUAUGACGUACAAGGAUUUCCUACAAUAUAUUUUGCCGCUGCUGGACGGAAGGAUGAGCCAAAAAGAUAUGAGGGAGCCCGUGAAGUGAAGGAUUUCAUCAGCUUCCUGAAGCGUGAGGCGUCCAAACCUCUUGUCCUAAACGGAGUCAAGGAAGAGCUGUAAACAUUAAAGGGAAACUGCUGUUCAUGAAGAGUGGAGAAUUCUGUAGAAUUCUGCUGCUGUUCAGCCAUACAUAUCAAAUCAAAUUAAUUAGCAGCAAUCAAUUAAAUAAAACCAAUUGUAUAUUAUACAAAGUUCUAAUUUAUAUUGUCCAUAUGUGAUAGAAAAUAGAGCCGACUGCUCAUUACACUAUAGAGUGUUUUUGUUGUUACGGUCUUUGUUGCAUGAGCUUCAAUGCUCUGUUCUUUAUUGUUUUGAUACUCAUUUCCAUCUGUACAUCUACUGGUCCGUCCACAUUAAAUAUUGCUGUUCUUUAACAUACAUUUACAAAGACCAAUAUUCAUGCUUUGUGUGAAUGGUAAAACUCAGAUUUCAUACAGCAGAUGGAAUGGUAAUUGGUUUAAACUUCAGUUUGUGGUGUAUCAGCAUAUAGAGCUAUUAUCAAUGUUUGGAGUUUCAAUUUCUUGGCCCCGAUUUCCUACUGAGCUGAUCAUGUGGUCAUCUUUUAACCCAUGUAGGGUUUUUUAGUUUAGGACCAAAGUCCCUUAAGGUUUUUGCUAGGACUUGGUCUUGUUUUGUUCAAAUUACAAAUUGCUAUUCUAAAUUCUGUUAUGACAUGGGUUGAAGAAUUGGUUAUUUAAUGAUUAUUUGUUGACUUUAUGUAGAGUUUGUGUAGUUACAAGUGAAUGUUGUCCAGUCACUUUAGUAUUUUUUUUUUUUCUACUAUAUGUAUGCCUUAUGGUUAGUAUGUUUGACAUCUAAAUGAAGUUUUCUGUGCUGCAAGUUUGGUACUCCUUGAUGAACAGGAAAUGCUUAACAAGUAUUGUUUAUUAAAAGGAAAUUGACUUUGGUCAGCUGUUUCUUUCAAGUUUAAAUGUUGUUUAAAACCAAAAUGUGUUAUCCUGAGGCUUGUUGCAUGAAACCGGUUUCAGUUGCUACCCAGGUAAGUCUGAGCAAACCCUUGUUCUUUUUUUUCCUUUUCAGGUUCAAGAAAAUGGAUUAGGUUUUUGCAGCGUUCAUGGUAACUUAGGCAACACGGUUAACCUGCUCUGGAGCAGGUUUUAUUUUGGGUUAGAGAUCAGCUGCGAGUAAAGUGGAAUAUAUCUGAUGCAAUAAAGCUAACAGGCCUCUGGACACCAUUGUCAAUAUAAUGAAAGUAAAUAAACAAUGAAGCUAUCAAGUUCCAAAAUGAACCACAAAAGUGGUCCAUAUGAUUUGGGAAUAUGUACCACAGGUCAGGAUAUCAUAUGGAAAAGAACCAGGAUCCAGGAUACCUUUUUGCACUUCAUGAAAGCCAUACAAUUUUGGAAACGUAUGAGGGUAAAUGACAUAUGUAGGACUCUCACACAGCUUAUAGGAAAAGACAUUUAUUGUGAAUUCUGAACCCUGGUUCCUCAACAGCUGUAAAGAAACAAAACAUUCAACAGGAUCCAAAAAAAAAAAACAAAUACAUCCAAUGCAUUCAAAACUGAUUUAUAUAUUCUACUCUUACACCUUUCUACCAGAAGAAAUACUUUAAACAAGAGAAGAAAAACCUGGGCCCAUACCAAAUAAAAAACAUCCUAAUUGUGGUUCUGUGGUCAAUCUAGUAAAAUCUCUCUGAAGUCAUCUUGACACUGGCGGAACUUAACAGGUUGGCGUCGUUCUGAAGAGAAGCGCAGGACUGAUUAUUAAAAAAAAAAAAAAAAAAAACAACAA